AUCACAGGUGAUGUCACACCAAAACUUCGCAGCCGUGCCAUGGCCAAGUUGGACUCCAUAGCUCUCACAGGCCGGGCCUGGGCAACCCAAGAGGCAGCCCAGUGGUUAGAAUACCGCCGUCGACUGCAACCUGACCCUGUAGGAGCAUCAAAGAGGUUGGACGUCAACAAACCCAAAGAUGCGGUUGAGGCUGAUGAAUGGAACAACCCUACUCCUGCCCCAGCACCAUCGUUACAAAGGUUUCGACGACCGCACCUUCUCCACCUGGAAGUGGGGGAAUUAAUGCUGAACUCAACUUUGCUGGACUUGAAUCUGUCCUGGUAUGAGACCGCGCGGUACUUUGCCUCCUUCCACCCCAGCUCUGUGAAACUGCCCACGGUGCACUUGCCACGUGAACCGCCUCGUCCACAGCCAAAUGCCAACUACAUGGUUUCAACCUCACAGCCAUCCAAACCAUCUCAGACACAGACCUACGAUGAAGAGGAGUGCAUCCAGUUCAAUGAGCAAAUGGACAUGCACAGCGAGCGGCUGGAUUCACAUUUCCUUCUUUUCCUUUGGUGCUGCAAGACUUCCAUGCUGAGCGAAUCCACCGUGCUUCUAGGCUAUCGGCCGCUGCCCCUGCGAGACCUGGAACUCCAUUCGCGUUGGGCCACGUGGGAUAUCGCGGACAUGGCUUCUGGUCAGGAGCUUGCCCAGCUCAGCCUACGGAUGGAUGUAAUCGCGCCGCCCAGUGAGAUCCAACUGCCUCACCUAUCAGAUGUUUCUGAGACGGGGUUCACUUUGAAUUGGAGUGAGCCUUUGGGUGCAGCAUCAACUGCCUACGCCGUUUCGGUGCGGCUGGCGGAUGGUGCUGCAGCCUUGUCCAGGCAGCUUACCACUGGCCACUCUGCUUCUUUGAGUGGAUUACAGCCCGGCACAACCUAUGUCGUUGAUGUGAGGGCCAUGAACCAGGCUGGAUGGGGUGACAGCUGCAAGCUGGAAGCCUCUACCGCAUUUGUGCAGGCAGCAGCCUUUCGAAUCAUACACAGAGAUCGGAGAUCAACAAGUGCAUGGAGUUCCAUAUGCUAAACCUCUCCGCCGCACACACCACACCCCAUCCAGACAGAAACUACUAUGAGACUAUGAGCAAUGACCUAGCUGGCCAGGCCCGGGAGAAGUCUAGUGUGACGCACUUGUGACCCGCAGUGAUAGCGCCAAACUACAUGGACCUUUGAAGUGGACACUUGCAACGGGAGUCACCACAAUGAUCCUAGGCCCUAGAAUCCUAUUGCGCCCUAUAUUAUGCAGAAGAGACUGUUGGGAGAAACCAGUUUCCCUCUUCGCCGUGGACCUGACUGUGCAUAGCUGACCUUUGGUUUCCAUGUGGGCAUCUUGAUGCUCAUUGUUGUCGUCCUCCUUGGAAAUCGGGAGGGCUUUCACAUCGGGCGGGCCAG